GGAAAAAGCGGAAAGCUGUGCUUACAUGUGCUUUCGUGUGAUGACGUGUCACCCAUUGACCUUUCCUCGCCUCCAUACGAAGACCUUCUUCUUCCUCCUUUUCUUUAUUCAACUGAGAGAGGGGGAGUCUGAUCGCGUAAAGGAGGAGGUUUCUUGGAAGUCGCUUGCCCUAACCCACGUUAAAACCCGCAGUUUUCGUCUCUCUCUUUCUCUCUCUCCUGUUAUCUGUGUUACCCUCACGUGUUUCUUCAGGCAGGACCGGGAAUCCGCCUCGUUCAGAAAGGUAUCUACCGACUUCCAGCAGAUUCGGUCCCGAGUCCGCCUUCCAAUUCAUGGGUUGCUUCUCUUUCUUAUCCUGUAAGAGGGAAGAUAUAGCGGAAGUUGACGGAGAAAUAGCCGGGCUACAAAAUGUAAAAGUCUACACCUAUAAAGAGCUUCAGCACGCCACCGAUGAUUUCGGUGCAGAAAAUAAAAUCGGAGAAGGAGGUUUCGGUUCCGUAUACAAGGGCCGACUCAGAGACGGAAAGAUCGCCGCCAUAAAAGUCCUCUCGGCUGAAUCAAGACAAGGAGCACGGGAGUUCUUGACCGAGAUUACCGUGAUAUCAGAGAUACAGCACGAAAAUCUGGUCAAGUUAUACGGGUGCUGUGUGGAAGGGAACCAUAGAAUACUCGUCUACAACUUUCUCGAGAACAACAGCCUCGACAAGACCCUUCUUGCCGGGGGUUACAGUCAAAGCGGUAUACAGUUCGAUUGGAGAACUCGGGCCAGGAUUUGCAUUGGCAUCGCAAAGGGUCUUGCCUUCCUUCACGAGGAAGUACAGCCGUACAUAGUUCAUAGAGAUAUCAAAGCGAGCAAUAUUCUCCUCGACAAAGACUUGUCCCCGAAGAUCUCGGAUUUCGGGCUCGCGAGGCUAAUUCCAUCCAACAUGACUCAUGUCAGCACUCGUGUCGCCGGGACAAUAGGUUAUUUAGCACCAGAGUACGCGAUUCGGGGGCAAUUGACGAGAAAGGCGGAUAUUUACAGCUUCGGGGUAUUGCUCUUGGAGAUAGUCAGUGGAAGAUCGAACAAGAAUUCCCGGUUACCGACUGAAUAUCAAUAUCUUCUAGAAAGAGCUUGGGAACUAUAUGAGCGGAAUGAGCUCGUCUUUCUCGUCGAUUCAGCAUUGAAUGGAGAUUUCGAUGCUGAGGAAGCUUGUCGGUUCAUGAAAGUCGGGCUCUUAUGCACACAGGACAGUCCGAAGCUGAGACCGUCAAUGUCGUCGGUGAUCAAGUUGCUAACCGGUCAGAAAGAGGUCGAUUACAGGAAGAUCACGAGACCCGGGUUGAUAUCUGAUUUCAUGGACGUGAAAGUGAGAGGAGCCGAGACCCGAAAGCCCCAGGAGACGAAGAACAGCAGCCCUACAAACCCGUCUUCAUCGUCUAAUGCCUCGUCCGCGUCGGGUACCCGAGAUAGCUCUAAUGCGUUUUUCUUGUCAGGGAAUACCUCAGCAGCUGCUGAUACUUCAACAUUCAGUACCAUGUAGGAGACAAAAGAACUGUUCUUUGGGCAUUUCCCGCUGAAAAAAGAUGAAAAGUCUUAAUUGGAAUUUGAUGUAAAAUGUGUCGAAGCACAUGUUUGAUGCUUCUGUAUGCGUUUCAUGUCCCUGGAACUGGAAAACGAAGAAAAAAAGACAGUUUUCAAGAGGGGUUUCA